AUGUUAAAAAAGUUGCGUGUAGAGCUCCCAUUCUCUGAAGUUCUUGAAAAGAUGCCUCAAUAUGCUAAAUUCAUGAAGGAGAUACUCUCAAAGAAAAGGUGGUUGAGUGAAGAGAAUGAGAUCGUUGAGCUUACUGAGGAGUGUAGCGCUAUUCUACAAAGGAAGCUUCCACCCAAACGAAAGGAUCCAGGUAGUUUCACCCUACCUGUUAAUUUUGGGGCUUCAAAGCAAGUUAGAGCCUUAUGUGAUUUAGGGUCAAGCGUCAACUUAAUGCCCCUAUCAAUGUUUGAGCGACUUAAUGUUGGAGAACUGAAGCCGACAAUGAUGAUGCUUCAAUUAGCUGAUCGCUCCAUAGUGGCUCCAUGGGGAGUUGUUGAAGAUGUGCUAGUAAGAGUAGGAGAGUUCGAGUUCCCGGUGAACUUUGUGAUAAUUGAUAUGGAUGAGGACUCUAAAAUACCAUUGAUUCUAGGAAGACCGUUCCUAGCCACUUCAAACACAAAAAUAAAUGUGGGGAAAUGA